AUGGAAAAGAUCGGUUGUAGUUCAAAUGCGCAUCAGAAUGAUUCUUCAAGGGGCUUGCAUGGUACUAGCAAAAGUAAUUUGCCCGAGAAAGAAGACUUUGUAAACCAUGCUGAGAUAGCGUGGAAUAAAAUGAGGAAAGAAUGGGUCGGUGAUCAGUCAAAAAAAUCACAGAGACCAUCUAAAGACUCAACUAUAUGCCUGACAGCAAGUUCAGAUGACAUGCUUUUCUCUAGAGAACAUUUCCGUCCGCCUAUACCAUUACCUGCAAUGGUAGGCUAUUUUGUUAAAAUUUGGGAAGAGCAAGGUCUCUCUGAAAUAGCUAACAGGUAA